AUGGGCAUUCCAUUAUUUGACAGAGAAAGUGACGACAUUAUUUCUGAUAGUAUGAUUGCGUUGGAAAAGUCUAGUAUAAAAUAUAAAAUUAUACAUGAAAUGCUUCCACAAUAUACUUCGCGCCAAAUUCGACAACGUUAUCUUAACCAUCUAAAUUGGCGUCUUUGCAAGAAUCCAUUAGGAAAUGAAGAAAAGGCGUUUGUUAUCAGAUGGAUUACAACAAAUCAAACACAAACUGGUACUAUACAUUGGAAGCAAUUAAUUCUUGAUUUAAACGCAAAAUUUGGUUUGCUGAGAUCUGAGAACACGGUCAAAAAUUUCUGGUACUCAAGAAUGAAACAACUUUCUCGAGCUCAGGCUAGGCAAAAUGUUUCUUCAGCUCAAACCGUGGUGCCCUUUAAUAAUGGUGGUUUGGCUCAAUAUUCUAAACCUGUUGCAAUGGAGCCCAAUUUUCAUCUUAAUCCUCAAAUGAGUGAACCGUAUAGAAUGGCCCCUCAUUUUUAA